AGUUUUUAUUCUCCCCAGUGAAGUGACUUAGUAUUUUUAUUCAAGUACAACCAUCACAAGAGAAAAACACAUUGACAAGACUUGAACGAAAACGACAAAAGGAAAAGAGGAAAAGACAAAGAAGAGACAAAGCAAGGAAGCCCUGCUCAUCUGAAGAUGUCUGAAGAGAGACAGGACACCGCUCCAAGCAGCAUGGACAAAGCUGUAGAAAAGAUCGCUGACACCCUCGUUUCAGACGUCAUUGAACAGGUUGCUGCGAAUCUCAGUGAGCUGUUGCAAAAUGUUCGCCGCUGGGAUUCAGACGAGCAUGACAUGUCUGAGGAUAACAAAGAUGGAUCCUCAGCUGGUUCUCUCGUCCAACAGAGGGUCCAGCAACACCUGGAGAAGUUUUUCGCUAUGCGGCAGGUGUUUGCUGAGCAUUGUGGGAAUGGUCUAGAGGACGACGAGGUCACCAAAGAAGACGUCUCUCCAGCUAUGUCUGAGGUGAUAGUUACACCUGAUUCCCAGGAGAGCACCAAAUCAGCCAACAAAGCCAAGAAACCAGUUGCCAUGCCAUUCAUGAACAAGCUGAAGUUGGUGUGGAAGAGCCACUUUGGCAGAAAGCAUAGCAAGAAGGUCAAAAGGGCUUCUGAUAGACACCUGAGCUCCAGUCCUGAGAAGCAGUCCAUGGAUGAAGAGGACGCCAUAGAGAGUGAGAGAGAACAAGAAGCCUCCAUCAGCUUGUUUCUGUCACCCAAACAGGUAGAUGAAGUUCCUCAGCCAAAGGGUGAACUGCUGACUGAAAAUGAAACAGAUUUCCAGGAGGAGAUGAGACACGAUGAGGUUCUGAGGGCUACUGCCGACACUGAGAAGGAGGUGUCUACCCCUGACCUGGUGGACAGCUGCUCUCAGGCCUUUGAAAAAACCUCAACUCAGACUUCCCUGGUGCAGACAAUUCAAGUCUUGCCCAUCAAAGACCAUGAAGACUUUUACACAACUAAGGCUGAUGAACAGACAAUAAAAAACCCUCUAGAGCCAGAGAACGAGGGAGACGAUAAAGAGAGCACGGAAGUCAGGAUCCCUGACACAGGAUCAUCCUCCAGACUCUCCAGCAUGUCAGAGGAGAGCAAGACGGCAGCUUCAUCUGCUUCCCCUCCAUGUACCCCCCCAUCCAUCUAUGAGGCAGCAAACAUGAUUGUCAGCCAAGUCAUUGAGCAGGCCAUCAGGACACUGGAGUCUGAGGCCAAAGCCAAGAGAUCAGCCAGUACAACCAUCUUCAAAACACUGAAGACAGCGUGGAAGAAACGCUUUGGCAAGAGGCAGAGAAAUAAGGUCGUACCAACUUCACAGGAUGAGGCUCAAGCUGAGUCUUUUGGUCUGGAAGAACUGUUUGCUGAGCCUGUUAAGGUGAAACCUGCAGAGGCUGAGGACGACAAGGUAAUGGAGAUACCAUCAGGACCUUCAGAAGAGGAUGGACGUACUGUGGUUUCCCAGGGAGGAAAUGAAGCAGCAGCAGACCAGACAGUCAUCAUGAAUUCCUCCACCAUGUCUCUCGUGAUAAUGAGAUUCUUCCAGGGUCUCACUGAAGAGCAAUGGAGGGAAGUCAGCGAGGGCGUUUUCAAUCGAGACGUGAAGGAGAAGCUGAUUGACAUGUGUGUGGAUGUGUUGAAGUUCUCCUCAGACUCAGUCAUUAAAAAUGUCUUGGAGUCACUCGCUCAGUCAUCCACCUCAUCCGGCACAUUCACCCUGAAGACCCACUAUGACAUCCAGAGAAGUGUGGAGCGCUCCUUCAGCCAGGCUCUCUGUAAUAUCGUUGGGACAGAUAUCCCUGUUAGGAUUUCACCUGAAUUCACAGAGGCCAUAGCGACUGAGGUAUUUGAAGCAGUCACCCCUGUCCUCUCUGUGGCCAUACAAGCCUCAGUGGAUGAACGGUCCUUGAUCGCCACUGCUCCUGCCAACCUCCAGGUGUCAAAGGACAAAGCAGCCAAGAAGACUCUGGCAGGAGCUAUUUCCACCAUGAAAUCCCUCCUUACUGGACGAGGCGCUGUGAUCAAAAGGAGGGUUAUGUCACAACAAGGGUUGGAACCUAACAUAAACAAGAAGCCAGCCAGAGGACGUGAAGACAAGAAAAAUGAGUCUUUGUGGAGGAGGUGUUUCAGGCAGAAGAGAAGGAUCCAGCCAUUUUCACUGGAGGAUCCAACUGAAUCAAAUGGCGUUAAAAAAAGCAAAGAGGAGUCCCGCUCUCCUCUGGCAUCAUCCUCCAUCACAGAGGACCCACCCCUGAAUGAGACCAUGACUAGUGAGAUCCAGGAGGAAGAGGAGACUAAGACAAACGGCUUCUGCAGCAUCUUCUGCAACAUCUUCUCAAAGGUAAUGAAACUUUCUCAAGACCAAACAACAAGUCUAGUUGUCUUUGACUUAAAGACAUCUGAUCACUGUUGCAUUCUUGUUGAACUGUGGCCUUUUAUUUUUGCUUUUGUACUGAUGUGUUGUUUGUUUUUCUUAAAGAAAAAGAAUGAAAAGAAGAAAAAGGAGAAGACGACUCCGUCCAAAAAACUUCCCCUUUGGAUGCGGCUGUUCUGCAGUCCAUGCACCUGUCCACGCUGCCGCUCCUCCCCUUAAGCUGCAGCCACCCCCCUUUCUUUUCUCUCACCCCUCACCCCUUCUCCAACAUCCCCCUUUUCUCCCCUCUUCUCCACCCCUCGAACACCCCCCC